GGGUUAUAAAAGCUGCACCCCGCGCACGUCUCGGGCGUCGUCUUCCUUCCUUGCCGUGAGUGUUUCUCGGAGACCUGUGACUCGGCCCUGCUGAUUUCAAGAUGUCUACAGGAAAUGCAAAAAUUGGGCAUCCUGCCCCCAACUUCAAAGCCACAGCUGUUAUGCCAGAUGGACAAUUCAAAGAUAUCAGCCUAAGUGAAUACAAAGGAAAAUAUGUCGUAUUCUUCUUUUAUCCUCUUGAUUUUACUUUUGUGUGCCCCACUGAGAUCAUUGCUUUCAGUGACAGGGCAGAAGAAUUUAAGAAACUCAAUUGCCAAGUGAUUGGAGCUUCUGUGGAUUCUCACUUCUGUCAUCUGGCAUGGAUUAAUACACCCAAGAAACAAGGAGGAUUGGGACCCAUGAACAUUCCUUUGGUAUCAGAUCCCAGGCGUACCAUUGCUCAGGAUUAUGGAGUCUUAAAGGCUGAUGAAGGUAUCUCUUUCAGGGGCCUCUUUAUUAUUGAUGAUAAAGGUAUCCUUCGACAGAUCACUAUAAAUGAUCUUCCUGUUGGCCGCUCUGUGGAUGAGAUUCUGAGACUAGUGCAGGCCUUCCAGUACACUGACAAGCAUGGUGAAGUGUGCCCUGCCGGCUGGAAACCUGGCAGUGAUACCAUCAAGCCUGAUGUCCAAAAGAGCAGAGAAUAUUUCUCUAAGCAGAAGUGAGCAGUGGGCCAUUUUUCUGCCAGGCUGCAUUGGUCAGCCAGAAGAAAAUUUCUUGUACUCUAUAUUCGUGCUUAAACAAAAUGUGGUGUGAUUCAAGACAUCCCUUUCCUACAGUACUGGGGUCGGUUAGCCUUUCUUCCACUAUUGGGAAUAGCCUGAGGUUUGUUGUGAGUUGCAGAAAUCAACCUGUUGUUCUUUUUUUUUAGUAUCUAUUAAACUUGAUCUCUGAG